UCCGAUUUGAGAGGGAAGGUAGUGCUGGUGGACUUCUGGGCCUCGUGGUGCGCCCCUUGCCGUCAAGAGGCGCCCGUCCUGGAACAGAUCUACCGCGAGUACGCCGGCUCGGAUGUGGAGUUUGUCGGGGUGAACAUUUGGGACCUGCCCGACAAUGCUGCCACUUACGUCGAGGACUUUGAAAUAAGCUACCCCAACGGCGUGGAUGCGGACGGCAUUAUCGCGAUAGAUUAUGGCGUCAAAGGCAUACCGGAAAAGUUUUUCAUUGACCGCGAUGGUGUGGUGAGGCAAAAGUUCGUUGGGCCCAUUCGGCCCGAUAAAUUGCGGGAGACUCUGGACCAACUCCUGGCUGAAUAG